GGGGAGACCGGGGCAAGUUGACGACCGGGGCAAGACGACGAAUGGUUAGUUUCUCAAAUUAGUUGCUAGGUAGUAGCACCGGUCGAAUGUCAGUAGCGCUCCACACGGAUGGCCUCUGAAAUAACUGGCAGUGAAGACAAGUUCGCCAUUGUGUGUGUUGUUACAGCGGCUUGUUGUUUUUGGAGUGCGUUUUUGUAACUUUCGGCCUUUGCAUCGUAAGGUUUAUUGAAUACGCAGGUAAGAUAUGUUAAUUUUCAAUAUUACCUAUAUUUACCUUAUGUAUUAGGCUACUCAUAAAUACCAUGUUUGUUUAUAUUUAUCUUAAACUUAAUGCCAAUAAAAUUUACCUACUCUAUUACGGCCGCUCGGGGCAAGAUGGCGUGUUCGUCAUCUUGCCCCGGUUAAUUUUACUGGUGCAAAGCUGAAACUUUUAAGAAGUAUGGUUAUGCAUACAAUUUUGAUUUAAGUAAACUAAUAACUGACGACACUGUGAGACUUAACCACUUAUUUAAAAAAAAUUUAAUCUACACUUUUGUUUAACAAUUUUACUUUAGAAUUGAAUUUUUAUUAAUUUAAUAUGCGGGUACAGAUUUUUAGUUUUACUUUGGUUCCAGAGAUGGUGAGAAACUACAAAAAGACUUCCUCUAGAGGAGAGUGGGAAAAAACCAACAUGGAUACUGCUUUCACAGAGGUCAAGGAGGGAAGAAUGACUUGCUUGGGAGCAGCGAGAACUUACAAUGUUCCAGAGGCAACACUUCGACGCCGACUGAAAAAGAACGUUUCGGAUAUGCCUGUCCAUGGAGGAAGAUAUAGAGAAGUAUUCAAUGAAGAGCAGCUCCAAGAUUUACACAACUAUUUGACGGUAAUGGACCAAAUGUUUUUUGGAAUGACCAAGUUGCAGUGCAGAAAACUCGUUUUUGAAUACGCAGAACACUUAGGGAUUUCUCAUCCGUUUAAUAAAGAAACUAAAAUGGCUGGUGAGGAUUGGCUGGCUACCUUUAUGAAAAAACACAACUUUAGUAUGCGUAAGCCAGAAGCAACAUCUGUUGCAAGAGCAAUGGGUUUCAACAAACCUAGUGUUGAUAAAUUUUUCUUCUCCAUUUUGAAGGAAGUGCGAGAAAAACACAAUUUUCCCGCUGCUAAUAUCUACAAUGCAGAUGAAUCAGGACUAUCUACUGUGCCCAAUAAAUUACCUAAGGUAAUUUUCACCAAAAGGAAGUAG